AUGGCCGAGCGCUGGUUCCUGCGCCUCGCCUGCCUGGCCGCGUCCCUCCUGCCCGCAGCCCGGGGGGCACGCAGCGGGCACGGACAAGUCUGUGACUGCAACGGGAUGUCCAGGCAGUGCAUCUUUGACUGGCAGCUCCUGAUGGAGACGGGAAACGGGUACCGCUGCCUCGGCUGCCAGGGCAACACGGAGGGUCCGCACUGCGAGCGCUGCAAGGACGGCUUCUUCCGACGGCGGGGGGAGCAGUGCUGCCUGCCCUGCCUCUGCCACGCCUGGGGUUCCCUCAGCCCGCAGUGCGACAGCGAUGGUCGGUGCAGCUGCAAACCCGGAGUGAUGGGGGACAAGUGUGACCAGUGCCAUCUGGGCUUCGAGUCCCUGUCCGAGGCAGGGUGCAGGAGGAGUGAGCAGAGCCUGCAGUGUGAGUGUGACCCAGCAGGCAGCGUGGGGGACUGUCGCUCUGGCCACUGCGUCUGCAAGGAGAGCACCACUGGAGAGCGGUGCCAGAGGUGCAAGCGACACUUCUAUAACCUGGAUGCCAGAAACCCUGCAGGAUGCUCUCCCUGCUUCUGCUACGGGCACUCUGUCACGUGUACCAGUGCGGACAACCACAGUGUCCACAACAUCACCUCUACCUUCCAGCAAGGUACUGAGGGCUGGCGAGGUGUCCAUGAAAGCGGCUCCCCAGCCCAGCUCCAGUGGUCCCCACACCACCGGGAUGCCUUCAUAGCAGCAAGGAGAUCGGAGCCAAUAUACUUCGUGGCACCUGUCAAAUUCCUUGGGAACCAGCAGCUGAGCUAUGGUCAGGUGCUCUCCUUUGAUUACCGUCUAGACCGAGGGGGACGCCAGCCAUCUCUGCAUGAUGUGGUCCUGGAAGGACAUGGCCUGAGAGUCAGUGCCCCCUUCUUGCCCCAGGGAAAGGUCCUGCCCUGCGGCAUCAGCCAGACAUACACAUUCAGGCUGGAUGAGCACCCAAGCAGCAAGUGGAGCCCAAGGCUGAAUCACUUUGAAUUUCGCAGGCUGCUGGGAAACCUGACAGCCCUCUGGAUCCGAGCCACCUUUGGGGAAUACAGCACCGGCUACAUCGACAACGUCACCCUGGUGUCAGCACUGCCUGUCCCCGGUGUCCCCGCGCCCUGGGUGGAGCGCUGCCAGUGCCCGGCGGCGUACCGGGGCCAGUUCUGUGAGAGCUGUGCCCCUGGCUACCGCAGAGACACCCCCGGCCAGGGGCCCUUCAGCACCUGCGUGCCCUGCAAUUGCCAGGGGGGAGGAAUUUGUGAUCCUGACACCGGUGAAUGCUACUCAGGAGAUGAGAACGUGGGCAGUGGUGCCAGCUGUCCCUUUGGCUCCUACCGAGACCCCCAGCAGCCGUACAGCUGCAGGACCUGCCCCUGUGGGCUUGGCCAGGGCUGCUCCGUGGGGCCGGGUGGCAAGGACGUCAUCUGUGGCCACUGCCCUCCUGGAGCUGCUGGUGCAAAUUGUGAGUACUGUGCUGAUGGCUAUUUUGGAGAUCCAGCAGCUUCCCGGCCUUGCCAGCUGUGCCAGUGCAAUGGCAACGUGGAGCCCAACGCUGUGGGCAACUGUGACCGCCGGACUGGCGAGUGCCUCAAGUGCAUCUACAACACUGCUGGCUUCUACUGCGACCGCUGCAAGGAUGGCUUCUUUGGGAACCCCCUGGCCCCUGAUCCCUCUGACAAGUGCCGAGCCUGUACCUGUGACUCAGUUGGUGCUGAGCCCCUGAAGUGCAGGAGUGAUGGGAGCUGCAUCUGCAAACCUGGCUUUGAGGGUCCCCGCUGUGAAGAGAGUGAGUGCCCAGCUUGCUAUGGCCAGGUGAAAGAGCAGGUGGAGCGGUACCUGCAGCAGCUGAUGGAGCUGGAGCUGCUCCUGUCAGAGGUGCAAGCUGGUGGUGGGACCCAGAGUCAGGAGCUGGAGGGGAAGAUGCUGGUGGCUGAGGAGACACUACGGACCAUCCUCAGGGAAGCCCUGAGUCUUCAAGCCUCCAACAGGUCUCUGGAAGCCCGUGUGGCCAGGAUGAAGGGGCAAGGGUCCAGCUCCCAGAGUCGCUUGGAUGAGAUCAAGGCAACGGAGGAGAGACUUAGGUCUCUGGGGAGGCAGUAUGAGAGGCAGGUGCAGGAGACCCGUCAGCUGCUGGAGAGAGCCAGGCUGGACCUGGAUCGCAGCAGCGCCGCUCUCCUUCGGGUGACCAUUCCUGUCUCAAGCUUUCCCGGGGGUUCGGAUCAGUUCUUGCUGCUGGCCCAGGAGGCUCUGAGAUUGGCCAACAGCCACACGCAGGCGGCCAGUGCCAUUGACCAAGCUGCAAAGGGGGCACAGGAGGAUGCACAGCAGGCACUGGAGCUGCUGCGAGCGGCUGCAGGUGGAGAGGCUGCCUUGGGCUCCCUGCCUGGGAGGUAUGAGGAGCUCAAGUCACUGGCUGGAGGCCUGAAGGCUGAUGCUGAUGGAAUGGCCUUCAAGGCAGACAAGGCUUAUCAGGGCAGCCUAGUGCUCCUCAGCUCCCUGUCCCGCCUGACAGAGAUGGAUGUCGUGUCCUUUAAGGAGGAAGCCUCGAGGCUGAAGCAGGAUGCGAGUGCCCUGCAGGGCCUGGUGGACACCUCCCUGGCCCAGUACCAGGGCCUGCAGAGCCACGUGGGGCACUGGGAGGAGGAAGCCAAGCAGCUGCUACAAGGGCAAGAGGGCGAGAGAGCGAAGCUGAUGCAGCUGCUGUCCCGAGCCACUCUUGCCAGGAGCACAGCCCUGCAAGCUGUGAGCGCUGGCAAUGCCACCUUCUAUGAGCUGGAACAGAUCCUCAAGAGCCUUAAGGAGUUCAACCUGCAAGCAGAGGACAAGAGGAGGGAAGCCAAAGAUGCCAUGAGCAGGCUACCCAUUAUCAGCAGCAUGGUCACCACUGCCAGGGAGAAGACAGACAGAGCCAAAGGGAUCGUGGAUAGUGCUGCUUCUGAAUCAAAGGCAGGCAGCAGCAUGGUGGAGGUGGUGAAAGAAAUCACCACAGGGAUCCAAGAGGAGAUUGCCCGGCUGAAGGGGGAAGCCAACAAGACGGCUGAUGGUGUCCUUGCCCUGGAGAAGGCAGUGGCCACCCUGCAACAGGAGGCCAAGGAAGUGGAUGACUCAUUUCAGAGGAAACUCUUGGAGGUCGAGGCAGAUGCUGCUGUGAUAGAGAAGACAGCUCAGGAAGCUCAGAGGGUCCACGACAAGGCUGGCCAGGCAGGGGCAGCUGUGCAGAAGACUCUAACUGCCCUGGAAGAGCUGCUGCGUCUCAUGAACCAGCCUGGCGCUGUGGAUGAGGAUGGCCUGAGGCAGCUUGAGGCAAACUUCAACAAAGCCAAAAGCAGAAGCAAGCAGCUGAAGGUGGAGAUGUUGGAGCUGGAGCAGACAGCUGCGCUGCAGAAGGCCCGGGUGCGUGUGCUGGAGAGCAGCAUCGAUGACAUCCUGGCUGAUAUUAAGAACCUGGAGGAUAUUGAGAAGAGUUUUCCUCCAGGCUGCUACAACACAAAAGCCAUUGAAUUGCCAUGA